AUGAAGAGCAUGGAGGACAGGUGGCAGGGGCGGCGGGAUGUGCAGAGCGGCUGCACGGACCUGCUCUUCAGCCGGCUGGACCCGGCGGGGCCGUAUUUCCACAACACGCCGAAUGAAGUCCGGCUGGACCCCUCAGAUGCCAGCUUUGUGGAUGUCAUCCAUACGAACGGCGUUCGCUUCUUCUUUGAGCUUGGUGCCGGAACUAUUAAUGCUUGUGGACACCUGGACUUUUACCCAAAUGGAGGGAAGCACAUGCCAGGAUGUGAAGACUUAAUUACACCUUUAUUUAAAUUUGAUUUCAAUGUUUAUAAGAAAGCAGUGGUUUCCUUCUUUGAUUGCAACCACGCCCGAAGUCACCGCUUCUAUAUUGAAAGCAUUCUCAAUCCCGAUGCCUUUAUUGCUUACCCUUGUAGAUCCUACGAAUCUUUUACAGCAGGAACUUGCUUCCAUUGUCCCAAAGAAGGUUGCCCAACGAUGGGUCAUUUUGCUGAUAGAUUUCAGCUCAAAAAUAUGAAACCUAAUAGAUCAUAUUAUUUUUUAAACACAGGGACUUUUUCCCCAUUUGCCCGUUGGAGACAUAGACUGUCUGUCAAACUCAGUGGAAACAAUGUCACCGAAGGCAGCUUAUUUCUCCUUGUAGGUGGAACAACUGGGAAAACAGGAGAGUUUGCCAUCACCAGUGGAACACUUGAGCCAGGAAUGACUUACACAAAAUUAAUUGAUGCAGAUGUUAAUGUCGGAAACGUUACAAGUAUAACGUUCAUUUGGAAGGAACAUUCCUUUGGACAUUCUCAGAAUAAGUUGGGAGCAGAAAUGGUGAUAGAUAAAUCUGGAAUAUAUGGAUAUAAAUCCACCUUCUGUAGCCAAGACUUCAUGGGACCUAACACUGCCCAGAUCCUAAAACCAUGCUCAUCCCAGAUACUGCCAUGAUGGAUCCACGUAAUGGGGACAGCGAAAAAAUAAUCUCCUUCCAGUCAGUGUCCAAGCCCUACUUGGCCCUUGUAAAUGACAUAGCAAAGUAUACUUGUUUUUUUAUGUAUAGAAUGUUUUCUCACUACAAACUUUUAUAUGUGCCCUAAAAACUGGCUGAGCCCUGGGACAGAGUAUAGUGCUCUGAUCUCUAAGAAUUUGGAUAUCAUAGACAAAAUAGAACUGCGUUGGCAUUUCCCUGAGCGAGUAGUGGUGCAAAAGCAAGGCAGUAUAAACUCAUCAGGAGCAAGUGAGUCUCUGCGGGUUCAGUGUUGAGAGUAAAGUUAGAGGAUUCCAGGGUAAUCAUUGUUCUAAAAUGAUUUAAGGAAUAUUUAUUAUGUUGUGAACUCUUGCUAAGACAAAUUAUGGAUAUAGCUCAUGAUUGCUAAUAGAUUAUAACCCUGUGGGUUGAUCUGUCUAUCUAUUAAUAAUGAAAAUGAAUGAGUGUGUUAAUAUUUCCAAGGUGUUCCUUGGUCUCCAGAGUGUGUAUGAGAAAAAGAAUUUGGAGCUUAUCUGUGAUGUGAAUGUCAGCUAGCAAUGAGGAUGAUCACUCCAUCUUUUAGAAGUUCCAUAGCCCCGGAGAAUUACUCAUCCCCUUUCACCUUGAAGGACCCCUUGAAAAUUUGUAUUUAUCCUGAAGGAAGCAUUUCAUUUAUAAAGCACUUAACAAACCUUUUGUGUUUGCAUUAAUAAUACUGUAAUAUUUA